CGCGAAGAGGGAAACAGGACACGCGCCCGGAAAACGGGAGAAAAUUAAUGACGCGCGUGUUUCCUCGGAAAACCGUGUGCCGAAUCCUAGCGACAGCAGAGCCCCCUCGCAAAGAAAAACCCCUUCUGUAUAAAGAUUUCUCUGACCUUGGAUCGCCGAUCGACCCACGGAUCCUUCUGGACCCAACAGCAGCAUGCUUCACGAGUGGUCCACCUAAACGUCGUCUUCGGCGUUCGAUUCUCGAGGCGUUCUCGAAUGAUCCAGGGAAUUGCGCGCGAUCCAAACACUUGGACAGCCAUAAUCGUCGCUGGAUUCGAGCUUACAGAUUUCUCUUGUAUCGUCCUGCUGCAUACGAUCGUUCCAGGGUCCCGUCGCAGCCAGGCAUCGUGUCAAUGUGGAAAUUGCAUACAUUACAUAGAAGGUAUUCCGUCGGAGUCCAAGGGAUAAGGAGAACCAUGUCCCGUUUCCUGGCCAGCUGUCGGAAGCGAGGACCCACGCGUCGAAGAAGAGGCGCUUAAGACGAAGGAGCGAGAGGUCGAGGAUGAAAGAGCGAAGCGGCCAGCACAGCGGAUCCUUUCAGAAGCGGGAAUGUUUAUCUACGUAAUAUUUGCUCACGCGGCCGAGAGGCGUGCGCGCCCGUCUGGUGAAAUUUGUUUAAUUUCGCCCGAGUGUUAAUUUUAUAUAAUUUUUACCGCAAACCUCGCGCAACUGCAUCGCGUACGGAGCACCGCGAGGGCGAUUUCGCAGCCCGUUUAGAGGAUCCCUGUGUUUUUCAACUCUCGCGACCGACCGUGUCUUUGGCAACGUUUACUCCACAGUCUCGCCAAGUUCAAGAUAUUGUAAAACGUCUGUGUAAAGCUAUUUCUUGGAAAUAUACUUGCAAUCAUACCCCUA